AGUCCUUUGUGGCUCAGACUCGCCCAGGUCGUCCCCAUGGGGGAAGCUGAAGCGCCCGUCGAUGUCGAAGCUCCGGCGACGUCCAGGUCGGUGGGUUUCUGCGACAUCGCGAAGCACUUUGUGCUGAUGGGCUGGACCGCCUUCGGGGGGCCUGCGGCGCAUGUGGGCCUCUUCCAGAAGACCUUCGUAGAGAGGCUGGGCUGGAUGAGUGCAGACGUCUUCACUGAGCUCUUUGCAGUCUGUCAAUGCAUGCCGGGUCCCAGCUCCACUCAGAUGUCCUUUGCCUUGGGCACCACGAAGCAGGGCAUCCUGGGUGGACUGCUCAGUGGGAUUUUAUUCCAAUAUCCUGGGGCCAUCAUGAUGACCAUCCUGGGCAUGACGGCGCACAACUGGGCGACUCCCCAGGUCAUCGCCGAGCACACGUGGUUGGCGGGUCUGGUCGGUGGGCUCAGUGCGGCGGGAGUGGCCUUGGUGGCCUCGGCGGCGAUUGGGCUUUGGGCCAAGGCCUGCGGCCCAGCGGACGCCAAAGCCCUCGCAGGAUUUUGCUGCGUCGUGCUGCUGUACUACUCGGCGGAGCUCAUGGAGCGCAAUGGGCGCGAUUGGAUGUGGAUCUUCCCUUUUCUCAUCAUCCUAGGAGGCGCCUUCACCUACUUCUGGAGACCUCCUCCCGAGACGAAGGCCUGCUGGAUUCGAGUGGUUCUUCUGGCAAACUUGGAGCCCACAAGAGAAUGGGCCAAGCCGCCCAAGGAGCAGCCCCCCAACCCGCCGCUUGCGUCUCUUGCAUGUUCUGCCAGGGGCGCUCUGAGGCAUCCGCGCGGUCUGCAGGCUCCGCGUGGAGGUCCCGGCUCCGAAGGAUCCGCAGACGGUUCAUGCAAGGGCUGCUUGGCGCGCGUUUCUGGAGCAAGAGUUUGGUGGGUGCGUUCGUGGACAUGGUGAGGAAGGGAAACACCUUUUAGCGGUUGUGGGUUUGUUCAGCUAGUAGCUAUUUGUGACAUUUGUGACUAGUGUUUCCAGAAGGGCCACAUGUGCAUUCAGCGACUUGAAUUGCCUUUCUCAGUGCUAAGCCGGACUGAUCAUUGGCGCA